AUGACGGCCGAAACCCCGCUUGUUCGGGGCCAUCGCUUGACGCCGUCCUUUACAGAUUCGGCGAUUGAUGUUGAGCUUACAGAGGAGUAUGCGCACGAGAACGGAGACGAAGAUGUGAUAGCUACUACUGCGCCGUCAAAAGGAAACUCGAACUCGCUGAAUGAGCGAAUUGUGCAUAUUGCGCAGCUGGUUGCCAAUAACGAUGCGCUGCGGGGACUAUCGCAAGACGACUGCGCUGCCGUGAACGCAUAUCUGGACAACAUAGAGGAAAUAAUCAAUCUACGACGGGAUAAUAGCCCGAACGUUGCGCCCAAUCGCCCUGCUUCGCCUACAGGCAAUAAGACACCUACAACCAAAAGUCCUCUUGCAAUUGCAGACUCCCGGCGCAAACCGAUUCCCAAAGGCACAACACCAUCGCAAUCGCAGAUUGUAUCCCGAGACCUCACCUCCAUUCUCCAAGAACUAACCACCGUCAAUUCCGAACUGCGACAACGGUACCUCGAAUCGCGGCACAUCCACGACGUCUUCAUCGUGAAAUGCGAAGGAUUGGCGCAACGCAUCAUCGAGUUGGAGGAGGAAGUUCACGAAUUAAAAUCGGAUAUAUUAGAAGACACAAUCGAGCUCGAGGGUCUGCGCGGCACAGUCCGGGGCCUGGAUAGUUGGGUUAAUAGGUGGCAACGGCAGCGCGAAUCUUCCUUACCCUCUCACAAGUCGGAUAUCCGAAAGUCGAAGGGGAGGAGUUAUUGGAGACGGAAAUCCUCAACUGUGGCUAGUAACGAAGAGGAGGAGGAUGACGGAAACGAUUUUAAUACGUUUUUGGAUGGGGUGUUGGCUUGGAUGAGAGGGUGGAAUGAUGUCGAAGAAGGGUUUCUGAUUAGGGCGAGGAGGAGGAAGUUGAGACGCAACAGGAAAGAGCUGGGGUUACUCGAUACUCAGGCUUUGUAA